AUGAGCACAAACAACAAUUAUAUUAAGAAAAAUGUUUUCCUGUCUACCAUUUUUUGUCAUUCAGAUAAUUUAAAAAACUUAAUAAGAGAAAACAUAAGGGAAGCACCACGAAAAGGAUACCAAGAAAAUAAUUAUCUGUCUGCAGAUAAUUUUUCAUACAAUGAAGAUGACCAAAAGGACAUAUUUAAAGACGAAGAAAUCUAUAGUAGAGAGUUUUCUUCAAAAGAAAAAAGGUGCAAAUUAUUUGUUACUUACAAGAAUAAAAAAGAAAAUGAACCAAGAUUUAUAACAAUAGAAAAAAUAAAAAAUAAAUAUAAAAGUAUUAAUAUUCACGAUGUAUUAAAUGAGAAAAAGAAGUUACUCGAUUCUGAAGAAAUAAAUUUAAAAUGGGAAGAUAUAAUAAACUACAACGAUAGUUCUUUUGAUAUUUUUACGAUUGAAGAGAUAAUAAAGGAGCUUAAAGAAGAAAGCUAUAUAAAUGAAUUAGAAAGAAACCAAGAAAUAGAGAAACAUAAAUUAAAAGAUAUAAGCUCUGAAGGGGGAAAGGGGAAAGACGAAUAUAUUGUCCCAUUUAAAGCAAAAGGGGUUGUCUCAAGAAAUAGCCCUAUUUUUGAAAGUACAUUUGAUGAUAUAUACAUAUAUAAUUAUAAUUAUGAUACUAAAUUAUUUAAAGUAAAAAAAAAAUCAUCAAGUGAAUUUUUUGAAAUUGAUAGAAUCCAGUUUUUUUUUACUAGCGAAAAUCCAAUUUUGUAUGCAGAAAAAUUAUUUAAUGCUAUUAAGAAUAAAUCAAAUAGCUUAAAAAGAAGAAGACAUUAUUUAGAAAUUGAUAAUACAUUUCUAAACCUUAAUUGUAUUAUGAAUGAAGCCGAAGAUAUUAUAAAAAAUGAUAUAAAUAUAAAAAACUCUAAAAAUGUUGAUAUUGUGGCCAAGGAGCUAAACAGUUUUUGUAGUGUAUGGCUAGGUAGAAGCAUAUCAAAUAACAAGUUCAAUAAUUAUUAUAGAAAAAUAGAAAGGAACCCAAAGGAGAUUAAAUAUUAUAAUUAUGAUUUUGAAAAUAAAAAAAAUAUUAUUAAACAAUGUGUAUUAUUCGAAAAUGAAAAAGUUAUUAAAACUUUUUUAGGAAUAUCAAAUAAAUGCUCACUGAUAAAAAUAUCUAUAUUUCAUACAGCUAUAGAAAAUUCCUUUGAAUUAAACGAAUUUUUUCAGUUGCAAAAUACCUCUGUUUUAAAGUCAUUUGAAACUGUAAACAGUAUAUGGAUGAACGACAUAAAAUUUACAAUUGAAGAAAACUUAAAAAAUUGUACAAAAGGAAAUUAUAGUUUAAAGGAUAUAUCUAUCGAAACAUUUAAAUAUACCAAAAUAAGAAUUUUUUUUAAUAUUUUAAAACUUAUGAUCGAGAAAAAAAUAAAUGAAAUGCUAAUUAGUAAUAUAGAAAGUUUUGUAGACAACUUUGUACAAAAUAUUCAAAGUUGUAGAAAGAAUAAAAAUUAUACACCUAUAUUUGUAAUUAAUAUAACAAAAAAAUUUGAUUAUUCACGAUUUAUAUUAGAUAAUAACCCAAUUUAUUUUUAUGAACAAAUUGAAAAUUUAAUUAUUUCAAUUUUGAUUAAAUAUCAACAAAUCGAAAAAAUAGAAAAGUUAGUGAUACCACAAAUAUUUAAAAAUGACAAAUUUAUUUUUUAUAAAUCUAUGAAAGAAAAUGAUGUUUUUAUAAAUGAAAAAUUAAAUGAGUUAAAAAAUAUAUUCGAAGAAUCUAAAACAAUGGUAAAUAAUUAUUUAUCAAAAAUUAACAAACAUUCAGAUAUUUUAAAUUUUAAUGUUAAUGAAGCUAUUAAAAAUAUAGACAUAAACACAAGUGUUGAACAUAUACAAAACAUAAUUUAUAAAAAUUUAGAAAAAAUACAAAAAAUAAAUGAUACAAUAGAAGAUAAUAUAAAUUUAGGUGUAUUUUUGGUAAAAUCAAAAGCUAUUAAGCUUUUUAUUAUUAAUGAAAUUAAUAAUUAUAUUAAAGCCUUAACUAGUAUCAUUGUUCAAAGAUAUAAGGAAAAAUACACUUCUAAUUUAAUGUUUUAUAAUUCAAUAAUUGUACGCUUAAAAAAAAAAACAAAUAAUAUACAAGAAGUAUAUGAAAAGGAAGAAUAUAUAAAAGGGAUGAAAAAAAGUCGUGAUUUUGUAUCUAACGAUAUAAAAGAAAUUAACGUGUUGUUUAACUAUUUAAAUAAGUUAAAUUAUAAAUUUUCAAAUGAAGAUUAUUUAUCUUAUUGGAAAAUUAUAAAUAGACCUAGUAAAAUAGAAAAAAUUGUAAAAGAAGUUAAUGAAAAUAUUGUUAAGCAAAAAAAUGUUCUAUUAGAAGAACUCAUAAAUGAAGAAUCAAGAUUCCAGAGUAAUAUUGUUGAUAUGAAAGAAAAUAUUCAAUCUAUUAAAAGUUUUAACGAUGAAAAUAAUUACUUAAAUAUAAACAAAUUUAUUUUAACUGUCCAAAAUCAACUAACUGUUUUAAUAAAAGAAUCAAAAGAAAUUAAUCUUCGAGAAAAACUUUUUAACAUUGAAAUAUCUGAUUUUACGAUACUAUUAAAAAUUCAAAACGAACUAAAUCUAUAUCAAACAUUUUGGUUAAUAUGCAAAAGCAUAAAAACUAUGGAUGAAAGAUUUGAUAAAAAAAUAAAUUCUUUAAAUUAUAAAAAAAUAGAAGAAGACUUUAAUUUUAUUUUAAAAAACAUGAAUACAAUUAAUAAGCACGCUAAUGAGUAUUAUAAGAAUAAAAAUAGCUUGAUUAAAAAAAUGAAUGAAAAGUUGACAUUUUUUAAUUCAUACGUAUCUUUGCUUAUUUCUUUGAGAAAACCAAGUAUAAAGGAAAGACACAUAAAACAGAUUGCACAAAUAAUUGACGAAAAAAACACAGUCGAUUUCAACAAUAUAACAUUCAACGAGUUACUGAAGUUAAACAUAAAUAGUAAGAUAACAAGUAUUAUUAAUAUAUGUGAAAAGGCAAAUAAAGAAAAUGCAAUUGAAAAGUUCUUGGUGAAAAUAAAAAACAACUUUAACAAAAUAGAAUUCCAAAUGAAACAAGAAGAAAAUAACAAAAUAUCUAUCAUAUCAAACAUAAAUGAAAUAUUAACAAGAAUUGAAGAAAAUAUCGUAUUAAAUCAAAAUUUAUUAAUAAUAAACAUCUAUGAAAUAUAUCACAUAGAUAUAAUUAAUAAUCAAAAUAUGAUGAUAAAUGCUAAUACAAUUAUAAAUAUUUUAAAGAAAAGCCAAAAUUUGUUUUUAUAUUUAAGCAGAAUAUUUGUAUUAACUGACAUAUCAAAACAAUUGACAAAUGAGUCAAAAAAAUAUAAACUUAUAUAUAACAAUUUCCAAAACAUAUACAAAAUAAUUGAGGAAGAUAAAAAGCUCGAAACAUUUUGCUCGAGAAAAGAUACAAAAGAAAAACUUACAGAGUUAUAUAGCAAUUUAAAUUUUUUAUUAAAAAGUAUAAAUGAAUAUCUUGAUUUGAAAAGAGAAAUAUUUAAUAGAUUUUAUUUCCUAAGUACCGACGAUUUAAUAAAUUUAAUAUCAUCAAAUAUAAAUGGUCAAAUAAAUACUUAUUUAUUUAAAAUAUUUACCAGUGUAUAUAAACUUGUAUUAGUAAAUGGAAGUAUUGUUGGUUUUCAGUCUCAAAGAGGAGAAGAAUUAUUAUUAUGUAAUGAAAUACCAAUUGAAAAAAAAGAGAUAACCGAAAUUUUAGUUGAAGUAGAAAAAGAAAUGUUUUUUAGUGUUAAAAAACAAAUAUAUGAUAAUAUUUUAGAAUAUAAAAACUUAAUAAAUAUAAAAGAAGAGGAUUUUCUAAAAAGUAAUGAUGCAACAAACUACAGAAAAUGUCUAUCCAAUGAAUCAACUGCAUCAUCUAUUAGUUCAUUUUCUUCACAUAAUAGUUUAAUAUAUGAUAAUAGUUGUGAUGUAAGACAAAAUAAGGAAUACAACCAAAAUAAUGUUACAGAUGGAAAUAUUAUUAACAAUGUAAGAAAUAUGGAUACGGUACAAAAUGAAAUAGGUCUUGAAGAUACCGAUUUAGAUAUAGAAUCAUAUGGAAACUUUAAUAAAAAAAUUAAAUUUUCACUAACUAAAAAUAGCCAAUUUGUGUUGAUAAUAAAGAAUUUGUUUUGGUCUAAUUUAGUUGAACUAUUUUUAAAAUAUAAUAAUUUAAAUAAAUAUAAAAAUAUUUUAAAUGAGGAGUUAUAUGAAUACAUAAAUAUAAUAAAUAAAGUAGAUAAAAAAAAGAGUGUAUUAUUACACACAUUAAUCAUAUCUUUAGUUCAUAAUAGGGAUAUAGUUGAAAAAUUAAUUAAAAAAAGAGUAAAUGAUGUUAAUAAUUUUAAUUGGCUAAUACAAUUAAAAUAUUUCUAUUAUAACAGAAAUUUAUAUAUAAAAUAUUUGAAUGAAUCACAUAUAUAUGGUUAUGAAUAUAUACAUAAUGAUAACAAGAUCAUUUUAACAAAUUUAAUAAAUAAGUAUUUUAUUUCUAUAUUACAUUCGUAUAGUUCAAAAUUAGGAGUAUGCUCAGUUGGGUUAGCAGGUACUGGGAAAACAGAGACAACCAAAUAUUUUUCUAAAUUUAUCGGAAAGUUUAAUUUUGUCUAUAAUUGCAGUAGUAAUAUAAAUUUUGAUUUUUUAAAAAAUUUAUUUUUUGGUAUUGCAACCAAUGGAAUAUUUUUCUGUUUCGAUGAAUUUAAUAGAAUAUCUAUUGAAGCAUUAAGUGUAUUAGCUCAACAACUGAGUAACUUAUUUAAUGCGAAAUCGAAGAAAUUCCUUAUGAGUAAUAUCGAAGGCCAAAAAAAUAAAAAGAAAAAAGAACAAGUGAAUAUAUUAUCCGUUAAAUCAGAUAAAAGUACCGAAAAUAAUGAAGUUAGUUUUUCUAAAGAUGAUAGUUCAUAUGCUAAAGGGGAAAACGAAAAUAACAUUGCGGAUAAGACAUCUUGGGGAAGUAUAAAUAAUAUUAACAAAUUGAAAAAAAAAGAUGAACAUAAUUUGAUAACUUCAAAGAAAAAUAUACUUUUUUUCGAAGGAAAAUAUAUAAAAGUUAACGAAGAAUUUAACAUAUUUAUUAUAAUAAAUCCUUUUUAUAAAGGACGAAGUGUUUUACCAAAUAAUAUUAAAGCACUUUUUAGGUUUUUUAAUUUUAUAAAACCUGAUUUUUUUACUAUUGUAGAAGUUAUGUUAUAUUCAAAGGGGUAUCAAUAUAGUAAAAUACUAUCAAAAAAAAUUAUUUUAUUAUUUGAAUUAUGUGAACACAAUUUAAGUCGUCAAAAACAUUACAAGUAUGAUUUAAGGACAGUAAAAAAAAUAACGUAUGUUAUGGGGAAAAUAAUAAAAGACAAAGAGAAUAAUAAUACUAAUAAAAAUAUUUUUUAUGAAUAUAAAUAUUUAUUUAUUGCUAUUAUUGAAUGUAUUAUGCCAUCUAUAGUAAAGAAUGAUAUAUAUUUGUUUCUUAAUAUAUUAAAAAAUAUUUUUUACGAAUUAUAUACAUAUAAUCAAUCUUUGAAUCAUUCUGAAAAGACAGAAAAUAUGAUAGAUCUGAGAUAUAUUAUAUCAGAUAGUAGAAAUAAUGAUAACAGUAUAUUAAUGUAUUUAAAAGAUUUUUAUUGUAACAUGAAUGAUGAAAAAGAACCAUUUAAUUCUGAUAUAAAAAGGGUUAGAGGAUUACAAGAAAUUGAAGAGAUAGAAGAAUUGACAAAAGAAGAUUCAAAAGACGCUUGUGCAGAUAAAGUAGAAAAUAAUGGGUCCUACGAAAUAUGUAAUUCAAACGAAAAAAAUGAUUCUACGAAUAAAUUUAAUCACGAUAAUGCACUUAAUGCAAAAAAAGAAGGGUUGCCAAAUGACCAAUGUGAUGCACUUGUGCAUAAGGAUGAAAAUAGUAAUAACAAUAAUGUAAAUAAUAAGGAUAAGGAACAAAAUCAAGAUGCAAAAAAAAAUAUAAGCACUAAUAAAUUAUUAAAUUGCAAUAUAAGGGAAUCAAUAAAAGGAAUAAAUAGUAAACAUAAUAAAUCAUUUUUAUGGAAAAAAGAAAUGGUUGAAGAUUAUUUAAAAAAAACAUUAAAAAAAAAAAUGUUAGAAUUAAAUUAUGUUGGUACCGAUAGAUAUGUAGGUAAAUUAAUUCAAUUAUAUAAUAUGAUAAAAUUUCAUACAGGUGUGUUAUUUUUGUCUUAUCCAUUAUCUAAAACAACAUCUUAUAAAAUUUUAAAUAAAACAAUAAAUACAAUUAAUGAUAGAGAAAUAAUAAAAAGAAAAAUGAAUGAUUAUAUUAUCAAUGCAAAUGUGAUAAAAGAAAAAUAUUUAUUAGGUUUUUAUGAAGAAGUAUCUAAUAAGUGGGUCCAUGGUAUAUUAACUAAAAAAAUAUUAGAAAUAAAUUCGACAUAUAAUAGUGAUGAUUAUUUGAAUAUAAUAUAUUUUGAUUGUUAUUUACAUUCAUUAUGGAUAGAAAAUUUAAAUUCUGUUUUAGAUGAAUCAAAAAUUUUAUGUUUAUCUAAAUGUGAUAUUAUACCUAUACAUAAUCAUACGCGUUUCAUAAUGGAAACGUCAGAUUUAAAAGAUGUUACUAUGGCAACAAUUAGUCGAUGUGGAUUAAUAAUAUUAAAUAAUUGUGAUUUAAGUAUUGCAUCAUACAUAUGCUCAUAUAUAAAUACAUUACCGAAUAAUUUUGAUCCUAUACAUAAACAUAUUUUAUUAAAUUUAUUUAUGUGUCUUUUUCACAAAUCCUUAUUAUUUAUUUGUAUUAAUAACUUAUUUGUUUAUGCAUUUAAUGAAUACUAUUAUUGUAUAUCAUUUAUUAAAUGUAUUGAUAGUUUAUUUUCAUAUUGCUCUUUUGAAAUUAAUGAUUCUGAUAAAAAAGAGAGCUUUCAAAAAUAUAUUACAUCGAUAUUUAUUUAUGCUUUAAUAUGGAGUGUUGGUUCAAAUACAUAUAAAAGAGGAAGAAAGAUUUUUAACAAUUUUUUAUGUAAAAAUAUUUUAAAAUAUAAUUUAAAACUAAGUUUUGAGAAAUUAGAUGGAAGAAUAAUAAAUAUCAGAGACAUACAUAAGACAAGCAUAAAAAAAAGAAAAAAUAACAAUUCUUUAUCUUCUCUCGGAUCGUUAUCUUUUUCAUAUAAUGCCAAAUUAUUAGAUGAUAUAAAUAUAAAGCCAUAUGAGUCCUUAAACAAAGAAAAUACAAAGGACGCUACCGUAGCAGAAGGGGAUAAUAAUUAUAGUGAGGUUAUCGAUGGAAAAACAGAAAUUAAUCAAGAUACACCCCAAGAAAUGAAUCUUACUAUGAAUAUUUCUAAUACAGAGUCUAAUAAUACUACAAGUAAUAAUGUUAUUCAUAGUAAAAAAAUGGAGAGUGAAAAUAUAAGUAACUAUUUGAAAACAAAUAUAAUAGAUGAUCAGAUAAAUGACACAUUGGAUGGGGAACAUGAUAAAAAAAAUUACAUAAAAGAAACAGAUUCAAUUAACGAUAUAAAUGUUAUUGAGAAUGAUUAUGAUACAGAUUCAGAUGUUGACAUUGAUAUAUAUAACGAAGAUAAUAAAAAUAUUGAUAGUUAUUAUGAGAACAUAAAUAGCAUAUAUGAUUAUUAUUUAAAGGUUUAUAAAAAAUGUAAAAAUUUAUAUAAAAAUUAUGAUAUAAACGUUGAUAAUGAAAUUAAUAAUACAGUUCUCCAAAAAUCAUAUGGAAAUUAUAGUUCAGAUUCUAAUUCGAGUAAUGAUGAUCGAUAUUUAAAAAGGAAAAAAAGUAGAAACUCUAAAAAAUUAGAAAACAAGUAUGACCCAGAAAAUGUAGACGAUAUUAUAUACAGUGUUAAUUAUUAUAAUGACAUUUAUAAUUUGACUCAAACUCACCAAAUAUCAAAAGAUGCAGAAGUAAUAGAAAUUACAGAAGAGACUAUACCAAUUGAAACAACAUAUCAAACUAAUAAUACUGUCACUUCAGUGGAAGAAAGCAAAAAUGAGCAAAUAGAGAUGCAAGAAAAUAUAUUUUUAGAAGAUAGAUGCCUCUUACCUUCUAGAAAAAACAAAGAAAAUGAUAUAAAUCAUGAAAUUAAAAAAAUGUAUGACAAAAAGAGUUAUAAUACUAGAAAAGAACCAAAAUUAGACAUAAACUUAUUCGAUUUUUAUUUUAAUUAUCAAAAAAAUGUUUUAAGCCAUUUAACUAAUAAGGAAAAUAAAUUUACAUGCAUUGAUGAAUAUAUGAACAAUAAUGAUAUGAUGGUAAAACAAAAAAAACAAAUAUCUAUGUUGUAUAAUAUAGAUGUGUUUAUAAAAAAUAAAAAAAAUAUUAUAAUAUCAGGAUGCAGCAAUAUAGGAAAAUCGUUAACUGUUGAUUGCUAUUUAAAUAGGAUUAUAGGAAACGAUAAAUUCUUCACAGUUGAUUUUUAUUUUUCAAAUAGUACUACAAGUAAACAUGUUCGAAAUUAUAUUGAAUCAAAGUUAAUUAAGAUACGAAAUAAUUUUUAUGGAACACCAAAUAAUAAAAUAUGUACUUUCUAUAUAGAUGAUAUAAAUAUUGAAACAGAAGUUGGAUCUGUUAAAAGAAGUCAUUAUUUAUCAUCACACGAGUUUUUAAGAAUGCUAUUUAAUUAUAAUUUUUUUAUAGAUGAACACUUAAAUUUAAAAUAUGUUGAUGAUUUAACUUGUUUAGCAACUAUGAACAAUUCACACGCUAAUAACAAAACUAGCAGAUUAUAUAACAAUUUUAAUAUUAUUUAUUAUAAUAAUUAUAAUUAUAAAGAAAUUCAUAAUAUAUUUUUUACUUAUUUGAAUUAUUUAUUUAAUGUGUAUGAUAUAAAUAUAAAAAGUCUAGUAAAAAAUAUAGUAGACAUGCAAAUAGAUAUUUAUAAGUCUCUCAAAGAAAUGAAAUAUAACAAUAAUUUUGAUUGUUACUCUGGUAGAAAAGCAGAGGUAUUUUUAAAUUUCUUUGAUAUUAAUAAUAUUAAAAAAGUAUUUAAAUAUAUUUUCUAUUUAUCAAAAAACAUAAAUACUAGAAAAGAACAAAUACUACUUUAUUUUAUAAAUGAAAAUAAAUCCUUAUAUGUAGAAAGCUUUAAAUCAAAAAGUAAUAAAAAGGAAUGUGCAGAAAUAAUUAAAAACAAAUUUAAAGAAUAUUUUCCCAAUGAAUUUGAUAAAAUAUAUAGUCAGUAUAAUAAUAUAGCAUUUUGCAACUUUUUAAAUUUAUAUCAAAAUAUAUAUGAACAAGUAUAUGAUAUAAACGAUUUAUAUAGUUGUAUAAAUUCGUAUAUUUCUGAGUAUAAUAAUAAAGAAAAGAUUAAUUUAAUUUUGUUUGAUAAUAUAUUAAUAUAUAUAUGUAAAAUUACAAAAACAUUUAUGAUUGAAAAUUCGCAUAUCUUGUCUAUUGGUAUAAAUGACACUAUUAAAAAAAGCGUAAAUAAAAUAUGUGCAUUCAUAAUUAACAAAACACUAGUUAUAUCUGAAUUAAAUAAAAAUAGUAAAAAAAAGGUUUUCAAAGAAGAAAUUAAAAGAUGCUUAUUUGACUGUGGUAUAUACGAAAAACAGUAUGUCUAUUAUAUAAAUGACGAAAAUAAUAAUUUCGAUUUUAUUUUAGAAAAUUUAAAUAAUAUUUAUAAUUAUAAUGAUAGCUAUAUAUUAUAUAAUGAAGAAAACUUAAAAAAAAUUUAUAAUGAAUGUAAAAGUAAAUGUGAAGAAGAGCAUCUAGUCAGAAACAUAACAAAUAUUUAUAAUAUAUAUAAAAAAACGAUAAGAAAGAAAUUUCAUGUGAGUUUAAAUAUAUCAUUAAGAACAGUCGACUAUAUACUGAAAUAUCCAUAUAUUUUAAAAAACUCGCAUAUCAUAUAUUUUGAAGAAGAUAAUAAACAAGGUUUACACAUAAUUGCAAAGAAUUUUUUCAAAAAUAUUCUAGAAUGUGACACAAAAAAAAUACUGAAUGAGCAUUCAUCUGCCGAACCCACAAUAAAAACUACAAAAGAACAAAUGGGAGAUGAAAAUGUGACACCAGAACAAACAAUAGAUGUAAAAAACGAAAGAAAAUGCAUAAUAAACCACAAUACAAUAGUAGAUUCAACACUUGAAGUAGGGCAAAUAAAUAAAGUAAAACCAGUAGAAGAAGAAAAUAAAUUACAAGAAGAAUGCGACACAAAUAUUAUCAAUGAUACAAAUACUUCUGAUAAAGAUAAGAAUGGAAAUAUAAAACUUUGCAACAAUGUAAUAGGUGAUGAUAAUAAAUGCAUUGGAAACGAUAACAAAUUUGAUGAAGGAACAAAUCCUUACACAAUUUUAAAUGUAAAUAAUAUCGAAAUGAAUGAGAAACAUACAUUAUUACACGAAUCAGAAAUGGAAAUUAUAAGCAACGAAGGAGAAUCUAAAUGGAUAGACAAUAUUGUGGAAAAUAAAAUAUUUCUUAGAAUCCAUAAAGAAAUUGUAUUAUUAUCAAAGAAAUAUAAAAAAGAAAAACAAAUACAUAUUUGUAUAAAUUAUAACAAAUAUAUUCAUUUAUUACAUUACUUUGACUAUUUUUAUAAUUUAAAAAAAAUCGAAUUUGAGAAAAAUAUUGAUUUAUAUGGUAAAGCAUUAAACAAAUUAAGAAAAUGUGAACAAGACAUAAAAAUUAUGAAAAACUAUUUAUUAAAUAUGCAACCUGUCUUAAACAAUACAAAUAUAGAAUUGAAAAAAAAAGCAAACGAAAUUGAAAGAGAUAAAAAAGAUGCAUAUAUAAAACAAGCUGAAAUUAAAAAGAAAGAAAAUGAAAUGAAAGCCAAAAUAAGAAGUAUUACACAUUUAAAAAAUGAAGUAAAUGCAGAGAUAUCUAAAAGUUUUACAUUGUUAAGUGAUUCAUUAGAUAAUUUAAAUAAAUUAAAAGUUGAGCAUUUAAGAGAAUUAAAAGCUUUUAUAAAUCCACCAUCAAUUGUUGUCAUGGUGAUACAAUGCAUAUUAACAUUUUUAAAAGAAGACGAAAAAUAUUUACAAGGAAAAUUAAUUAGAUCCAAAACACUAAAUUAUUGGGUCCUAGCUCAAAAAACAAUAUUCAGAGAUUCAAAGGCAUUUCUAGAAAAUUUAAAAAAAUAUGAUAAAAAUGCAAUUGAAGAAGAAAUGAUAAUAAAGAUUGAACCAUUAAUCAAAAAUAAAAACUUCAAUCCAAAAUUUGUAAGAAAAGCUUCAAAAGCUUGUGAAACAAUGUGUCAAUGGAUUUUGGCAAUUUAUAAUUAUUUCGUAAUAAAUAAAGAAUUGAAACCAAAAAAAGAAGAAGUUAUUAUGCUAGAGAAUGAAAUAAAUAAAGAACUAGAAUACUUAGAAAUAUGUAGAAACGAUUUAAACACAGUAAAUGAGAAUAUAAAAAGAAUUGAGACAGAAAAGGAAGAAAUAAUUGUUAAACAAAACGAAUUAAUUGAAAAAAUAGAAAAUAUAAAAGAAAAAAUUAAAAGAUCUAAAAUUAUUCUAACCUGUUUAUUAGAACAAGAGAUUAAAUGGAUUAAAAAAAAAGAACAUUUUAAAAAAAAGCGAGAAUUACUUAUUGGAGAUUCUAUAAUUAUAGCAUCACUUAUGAAUUAUAUAUCCUAUUUUUCCUAUGAAUAUAGAAUUAUUAUUAAAUUAAAAAUUUUAAAAAUAUUAACACAGUUUAAUAUUCAAUAUACAAAAAAUAUAUCUAUUUAUAAUUUUUUAGAAUCAAAAAUAAAUUUAGAAAGAUGGGUAGCAUAUGGUUUAACAAAAAGUAAAUUUUAUUUUGAAAACAUUGUAAUAAUGAAUAAUAGUAUAAAGUAUAAUUUAUUAAUAGAUCCACAUUUUAUUGUUACAAAUUUUCUUAAAAAUUUAUAUGAUAAAAAAAAAGAUGUAGAAAUACUAAGAAACAACAGUUCUAACUUUAUUGACAAAGUCGAAAGAUGUAUGCGAUUGGGUAUUAUCGUUUUGUUUACACAUUACGACGACAGUGCAAGUAUAUUAUUUUCUCCAUUGUUUAAUUAUAAAAUAAAUAAAAGUUUGAUUAAUUUGCAAAAUGUUAGAAAUAAAAAAAAUGAUAAAAAAGAAGAUAAUUACCUUAAUUGCGAAAAUCAAGUUAAUAUCUUGUCGACGUCAUUGAAUAAUUCUGUUGUUAUUGAAAACAAAGAUGACGAAAGUUGUAGUAUUGAUAGUAAAGUACCAAUAAAAAAGGAUAAUGAAAAAUCUAACAAUAUGAAAAAUAAUUGUGUCAAUUUUAAUAACAAAAUAAUCACUAUUAAUAAUUCAUUUAAUAUUUAUUUUAUCGUAUAUGGUAAUCCACAUUUUGAUGACAACACACAAAAUCUUUUAAACGUAGUAAAUUUUAAUAUUAAUUUAAAAAUAUUAGAAGAAUAUUUCUUAGAAACUUUAAUAGAAAAAUUGUCAAAAAGUUCUAAUGACAAGAGAACUAUGCUUAUUCAUCAUAUCCAUGAUUUAAAUAAUCAAAUUAUAAGUAAAGAAAAUGAAAUUUUAUAUAUUUUAAAUUACAAAGAAGAUAUAUUAAGUGACGAUGAUAUUGUUAAAACGUUUGAAAAUGCAAAUAAUUUAUUUCAUGAAAAUAAAAAAAAAAUUAAAGAAUUUAAAAUUAAUAAAAAAGAAAUUAUGAAAAUUAGAAAAAAUUAUAUUAGUAUGUCAGAACAUAUAUCUAUCAUUUAUCAUUCUAUGAAUAAAUUAAUCGCUUUUAAUCCUUUCUAUAAUUCUUCAAUUUUAUCAUUUGUCAAUCUAUUAAAUAUUAGCAUAGAUAAAUCAGAGGAAAAUAAAUUAUUAGAUAAAAGAAAAAAAGACAUACUCAAUAUUUUUACAAAAAAAAUACACUAUGAAAUUUCACGAACUCUUUCCGAAAAGCAUCAAUAUAUUUUCUUUUUCUAUCUUGUUUGUAUGAUAAAUAUAUAUAAAAAGGAAAUUGAAUACGAUGAUUAUUACUUUCUUAUAUAUGAUGACUAUCCACAAUCUUUCAAUGUGAAAAAUGAGGUGGUCAAAAUGGUUCAAAAUAAACAAUACCACAAGCAAAGGAGGGAAAGUAUCAUAACAGAGGCAUCGACCAGGAAUUUCUUGACUAGUGAUAGGCAAGCUGGUGAUGUUGAGAAAUUUGGAGAAUCAUAUAACCCCUUUCCUAAUUGGGAUACUAGCAUUGAUAUCAAAACAAAAGAUGAUGGAAGAUUCAAUUUAGAAAAUGAAAAAGGCACAAGUUCUGACGAAGAUAUGCAAUUAACAAGCGAUGAUGAAGAUAAUAAUAUGAAUCAAGAUAAUAUAUCUUUGCACACUCUCGAGGAAAGUAGUGAUAAGGAAAGUGUUUGUAGUGAAAAAGGAUACAAGUUCACGGAUAUUCCUAGACAAGCAUCCAAUGGACAAUAUGCUGAUACACAUACCCAAUACAUGAUACUACAACAAAAUAAUAAGAAUGACAAUUUUAUGAAUUCUCUUGAAGAUAAUGUAAUUAUAGAAACAUUUGAGGAAAGUAAAAAUGAUGAGGUUAUUCAAGUAGAUAAUGAUUCGAAGUAUGUUUUCGAAUUUGAAACAAAAAACUUGUCUUGGUUAAAUAUGAAAGAAUAUAUCAGCGUAAAAAAAUUGAUAAAGAAAGAAAAAUAUUAUAUAUUUUUUAAAAAAGUAUUGAAUGAAUAUGAAUAUAUAUUUAGAAAUAUAAAAACAGAUCAUACAAUAUUACAACAUAAAGAUAUAAAAAAUUUAUUGGGUGACUUUGAAAAAUUAAUAAUUUAUAAAAUAUUUCAUUUUGACAUAUUAAAAUUAAAUAUGAAUAAUUAUGUAGAUCGACAUUUAAAUAUAUCAUCACAAAAUUAUGCAAAAGACUUAUAUAAAUGUUAUGAGCAUUCAUCAAAAAAUAAAUUAAUUCUAAUUCUUUCUGAACACCGUUUAAAUACAGCAAAUGAAAUUAUGACAUUAAGUGAAAAAAUUACAGGAAAAAAUAAUUUAAUAAUAUACAAUAAACAUGAUAAAAAUUAUUUGCUCAAAAUAUUAAACGAUGCUAUUAAAAAUGGGUUAUGGGUGUUAAUUGAAAAUGCUCAUUUAAAUAUUCAUCUUAUUUUAGAAAUUGAAAAAUAUAUAGAAAUUUGCAAUAUACAAUAUUCUAAUCCAGAAUUUAGAAUAUGGAUAAGUACAAGCUCUGUUACAUCAUUUCCUCAUUAUUUAUUAAAAUUAUGUGUAAAAAUUACAUUCGAAAAUGCUUAUAAUUUAAAGUCUUCUCUUAUUAAUGUUUAUUCCAGCAUUGAUGAGGAUGAACUAGAUGAUGAUGGGGAAAAUCAGCCAGGAGAAUUAGAUGAAGGAGAAGAAGAUUUAGAUUGUAGUGGAUAUAAUGAUUAUGUAGAUGAUGAUAAGAAUCUUGAGAAUGUUGACGAAAUGAGUGAACUAUUUAACUUGAACAGUAAGGAUCAGAAUGAUGAUUGUGAUAAUUUUCCAUUUGAAAAAAAAUCGAAGAAAACAAAAAGGAAUGAAAACGAGAAAAUAUUAAUAAAUAAACUAAAUUUUAUUUUAUGCUUUUUUCAUUCUUUAAUACAAGAAAGGAAUAAAUUUAAAAAUAAAGGGUUCAACAACGUAUACGAAUUUACAGAUAUCGAAUUAAAAUUGUCUAAAAAAAAUAUAUGUAAAUUUUUUAAUAAUAAAAAUAUUGAUAUAAAUUUAUUAAGAUAUUUAAUUGGUAAUAUUAUAUAUGGCGGUAUAAUAAUAGAUCGCAAUGAUCAAAAAUGUUUUAAUAUUAUAUUAAAAAAAUAUAUUAAUGAUAAAGUUAUAUAUUCAAAUAGUGAAUACAAAUUUAAUAAUUCUUAUUAUUGUCCACACAGCUCAAAUAAAAAUAUAUUUUUACGAUAUAUAAAAUCAUUACCUUUUAUUACAGACUUUUCAAUAUUUAAUUUACACCCAUCACUUAAUGUGUUAUAUUUAAAAAAUUAUAAUUUAAAAAUUUUAAAAAACUUAGAGCGUUUAGAAUGUGAUGUAUUAAAAGAUAAGAAGGAUGUUCAUAUAUUAUAUAUAAUAGACAUAUUAAAAAGCAUUCUACCACCUUUUAUAGAUUCUAAUAUGUUAAAAGAUAUAUUUUUAAACAACUUAAAUUGUUCUAUUGUAACAUUCUUGAAAAUUGAAGCCGAUAAAUAUAAUAAUUUAUUGAGAAUUAUUUAUAACGAUUUAACUAACAUAAUAAAUUUUAUAAAAGGAAAAGGAAAUUUUGAAAAAAUAUAUAAUACCUAUAAUUCUCUAAUGAAUUUAUCUAUACCCAAAAAAUGGAUAACGAAUUCGUUCUAUUCAAAACUACAAAUAUUUCAUUUUGCUAAAUUAAUUAAGUUAAAAUUUUCUUACAUCAGUUUAAUUUUAGCCAUUCGAGAAAAGUUUAGUAAAGAAAUGAAAGUCGAUGCAAAUAAUAUAAAAUUAAAGUACGAACUAUCAUCAUAUUUUAAUGAAGAAGAUAUUAAAGAAGAUAGUUAUUUUGUUGGGGGGAUAUUUAUUGAAGGAGCCGUUUUUGAUGUUGCAAAUUUAAUAAUAAAAGAAUCAACAAAUAAAGAAUUAUAUUGCCCUAUCCCUUAUAUUAAAAUCGACUUUAUCACUAAAAACAUACCUACUAUCAAUGAUAAAAACAAUAAAUCGAAUUUUCAAGUUUUCAAAUGCCCAAUAUAUAAGCAUAUACAUAAAACAGAUAAUAGCUUGAAUGAUAAUGAACCAAUAUUUUACCUAACGCUCAAUUCGAAAGAGAAAAAAGAAAAAUGGAUAGAAAGAAAUGUAUCUGGUGUCCUAAUACUAAAGUAG